UGCCAAGUCGGCAGUACAGACGGCAAUUGAGUUUCGACAAGAGCGAUUGGAGAGACAGAAGAGAUAGUCCGCGGUUUCCGUGCGUGACAUUCAUUGCGAGAGGAAAAAACAAGGAAGGGAUUAGUCCAAGCUCGGGGAUUCCUCGUAUAGAAGUAAUCUGACAGCAGGUUCAUCCAGACGAUACGAUGGUGGAUUACAGCAAAUGGAAGAGUAUCGAAAUACUAUUCUUAUUAUUAGAUUUCUGACGAUGAAGAUGAUACGCAUCCUAACAUUGAUACGCCAUCGUUAUUCAGAUGGCGUCAUCAGGCACGACUGGAAAGAAUGGAACAGCGCAAGAAAGAACAGGAGGAACAUAUGAGAAAGAAAGCAGAAACAUUGCAAAAACUUAAGGAUACAAAAGAGAAACUAGCUAAAUUAGAAACUGAACAUAAAGAUUCGGCUGACUUAACUGCAUUGAAAAAAGUUCUUCAGGAUUUGGAAGAAGAGGAAAAAAAGAUCAAUGAACUGGAGAAGGAAAUGGAAAAGAAGGAAAGAUUGACACCAUGGAAUAUAGAUACUAUUGGACAAGAUGGUUUUACAAAAACUGUAAUAAAUAAGAAGCCUCCUAGGAAAAAUGAUGAUUCUGACCUAUCUGAUGAAGAAAAAGAGAAACGAAUGAAGCAAUUUGUUAAAGAGCAUGAGAAGGAAUUGAAAUCAUUUGGUAUGUUAAAGAGAUAUGAUGACAGCAAGAAAUUCUUACAGGAACAUUCAUAUUUAGUUUGCGAGAAUACGGCAAACUAUCUGGUCAUCUGGUGUAUCAAUUUGGAAAUGGAAGAAAAACAUAAUUUGAUGGAGCAUGUUGCACAUCAGUGCAUAUGCAUGCAAUAUAUAUUAGAGCUAUCCAAGCAGUUGGACAUUGACCCGCGGGCAUGUGUCGGCUCCUUUUUCAGUCGUAUUCAGAAUGCCGAAGUAGAGUAUAAGAAUUCCUUCGAUGACGAACUCAACGCCUUUAAGGAUAGAAUACGCAAGAGAGCAGCAGAAAAAGUAGCUGAUGCGAUUAGAGAGGCCGAGGAGGAGGAAAGGAAAGCUCGUUUAGGUCCCGGUGGACUCGAUCCGGUUGAAGUGUUUCAAAGUCUUCCAGAGUCUUUACAAAAAUGUUUUGAGACGCAAGAUAUUCCUUUGUUACAACGAACGAUAGAGGCGAUGCCGGAAGAAGAGGCAACAUAUCACAUGAAACGUUGUGUUGACAGUGGUCUUUGGGUUCCUGAUGCGAAAGCUAAGGAGAAGGAGAAGGAGAAAGAAAAAGAGAAGGAGAAGGAGAAAGAGAAGGAGAAAAGAGAACAGCAAAACGAUGAGGGAAAAACACCAGAUCCGGAGUAACGCAUUUAAGUUGAGCGUGCUUGCAUCCUAUCGAUACUCAAUGAAAAUCAGUAUCUCAUUUACACACAUCAUUUAUUCUUUACAUAAUCUAAAACGGGUAAUUACUAAUAAAAUUAUUGUCUCUGCGAAUUCUGGCAAUAUACAAUUAUUAUCUCCAUCAGCUUUUUCUUUCGUCAUCGUGAUAUCACGUUGGCACGCCGUUAAUUUGAACUGAAUUAGUUCAUAAGACUGAGUUGUCGUUUCAUAAAUAGAAAACUUGGCACAUGUGUAUGAAACAUGUAACUGAGUAGUAUGAAUAUUAGUGUUGAAGCUAUAUAAUUCUCACUUUCGUGUAUGGUUUGUAUUACUAUUGAAAUUGCCUUUUCAUGUAAUGUAUAUAUAUAUUGUUAACCACAAUUUAUAAUUAUUUCGAUGUUUUACAUCCCCUCCUAUAACACUAAUAUUGUAUAUUAAUCGGGAACAACAUUGUUAUGUAAAUAAAAUCAAAUAUAUACCGAAAUUGUUAUACCGUUGAAAUUACAA